AACAAGUCAAAUAUGCAGGGUAGUGGGUUUUGAGGACCAAGAUUUGACACCUCUGCUCUAGAGGUUCAUGAGCCAUUUUAAUAACAGACACCCACCCAAAAACCUUUUGUCUGCCUCCACCUUUUGACAACAGGAGAUAAUAAAGGGAUGAUGAGCAGCUCASUUUAUCCAGCUGUGACAAAGUGGUGUUGUAGAGCAGUAUAACUGGAGAACAGUUUCUGCGAAUGACACAGUCUCAACUUCAAGGGUUCCCCAGCCUCUAUCUCCCGUGAGUCUGGCAGAAAAUAUAACACCUAAAGUAAGACAACGUAGUCUGUGUACUAUAUACAUAUGAUGGAUCUUGUUUGUAUUUUAUGGAUUGUUUGUUUCUGACAGAUUACUGACAAAUAUCCAAAGAGAAAUCAACACAAGGCGUGCAGAAGAUGAGCUUUAGUCCAAAAUCAAACACACAGACUUCCAAAAAAGUAUCUAAACAGGAUGAAGAAGACGGGAAGUUUGAUGAGUUUAGCAGUGGAAGUGAUCAUGAUUAUGAGUCCCCCGAAGAGAAGACGGGAGAGGAAAACUACAUCUGUUCUUUCUUUGAGCUGCGAACAGCUGAGGAAGGAGGAUGUGGUGAGAAGGACGACGAAAACAACUCAUUAAAGCCGACUCUGUCCUCGACAGUUCGAGACUGUCACAGAGAAAAAAGCUCAAACGCUGCACAUCCUCACCGAGCACAAAUUAAGCCUCCUCUUCGAAGACCUUUGAACUCACCUAGUGAAAUUCAUUACUCUGAUUUAAAUAACGAAAAAACCAAGAAGACUGUACGCUCUUGUCCAUCACAGAGAACAUUUUCACAACCAAAGGGCAGUGCUGUCAAAGCUUCUGGUUCAUCUGUCAGUCGUUUCCCUCAACCAAGACCACCUCUGCCUACAAAUGUGUUCAAGAGAACAUCUAAAUUACCUCCGGUUCCUCCCGUGCCAACACAACCUAUGAAGUUAAACAAAGCUUCUGGUUCAUCUGUCAGUCGUUUCCCUCAACCAAGACCACCUCUGCCUACAAAUGUGUUCAAGAGAACAUCUAAAUUACCUCCGGUUCCUCCCGUGCCAACACAACCUAUGAAGUUAAACAAAGCAACACCAGAGCCCAAAAAGUGUUUGGACCCCAGCUGGUACAGAGGAAAUGUGACUCGACAUGAAGCCGAAGCUGCUCUCAGGAGGGUGAACAAGGAUGGAGCGUUCAUAGUGAGGGACAGCUCGCAGGGCUCAGCGGAGCACCCCCACACUCUGAUGCUUCUGAAUCAAGGCAAGGUUUACAACAUCAGGAUCCGUCGCAGAGGCAACUCCUACUCGCUCGGCAACGGCUUUAACGGCACUCAGAGUUUCCCCGGAGUGACGGAGGUGAUCCUCCAUCACACGCACACCCCGCUGGUGCUCAUCGAUGCCACAGACCAGACCUCUGCAGAGAAGCCCCAGUGUUGCCUGCUGCACCCUGCGGGGCUCUGACCAGCACCAGCACCAGUACCAGCUUAACGUGUGUUAACAUCUGCUCCUAUGUGCUCAUUUCUACACAAAUCCGUGUUUUUUUUAAGAACAAAUGUCACAAUUUCCACAAUCUCAAAGGUCGUUGUUAUGUAAUUUCUCUCGUUGCUGCCUUCCCUAUUUUUAGUAAACAGAGUGAGACAAAAAGAAUAAACCUCUCGUGGCUGAUGUUUUUUUAGCAUAUUUUUUAUGAAGUGCAGACAUGUGGCGUUACCUCCUCCAGUGUCAGUCUGAGUUCGUGGCUGCUGCUUCUGCUUCAGGGAGUUUUUCGAGUAACGCCAGAGCGCAUCGCUUCAAAUGGGUUUGCACUGCCAGCAGUAAGAGAAUACCCUUUGUUACGCAAUCGCCUCAGAUCUUCAGCAGUUGUUGUGCACAAAAAAUAAAAUAAAUUUAAAAAAAUCAAACAGCCUAAGUGAACAAAAGUCACAAUGUACACGUUCCUUUCGURUCUCCUUUGUUUCAAACACUUUUUAAAUAAAAGCACGA